GUUUGGCGUUAACGUUUUUGAAAUAUGUCGAUUUGAAAACAACAUCCAACAUUCAGUCAAUUCUAGGCACUACCAACAAGCGGUCAUCGAAAGCGGGAAAAACUCUCGGGAUUGAAAAACGAACCAUUUUGAAUACAAAAUUUUCAAUUAAAGUUAACUAAAAAUAGCCAACAAAAAACCAAACCCCAAAUCCAAUUUAAAAUGUCUCAAUUAACAGUUAGUCGAACAACAGCGACGCAAACAAAUCUCAUUUUAAUUGCCAUAAUUUUGUACAAUUUUAACGGUCCGGCAAACGGUCAAAGCAUUCUCGAACGUUUUCGACCCAACUCGAAUAUAACAGCCAACGUCAAUGAUGAACAAGUGAAAAUAAUAUCCGGCACCAAAGUGAAACGUUACGAACGCCUAACUGUACCCAUAAAUGCUGGCACUCUAAAUCUCUUGCAACCCCAUCCACCGUAUGUGGGAUUGGCCUAUGUACGUACGCCACCAACAUCUACAUCAUCAUUUGUAUAUUUUCCUAAAUUAAGGAAUUAUGUGGUAACACACUGGCCCUUUUAUCCGCCGAGGGUAGCGCCAAAUUGGCAGGCGGGAGCUAAAUUAACCGGCGAAGGUAUCGAAGGUAUGAUUACGUUUCAGCAGUUGCCCUACAACAAUGACAUAAAGGUGACAUUAAAUGCCACUGGACUGCCGGAGGGAAAACAUGCGCUGCACAUCCACACCUAUGGUGAUUUGAGUGAUGAUUGUAAAGCAACUGGUGGACAAUUUCCAAAUAAUUUUUUGGGCAACAUUGAUGUCAAGGAAGGUGGUGAGGUAAAUGUGGCGUUUAUUAGCAUUUAUUUGACAUUGUUUGGUUAUAAUGGCAUUGUUGGCCGUUCCGUGGUUAUCCAUGAGAAACCCAUCGACAUUAAUAGCGCCUUAAACGCCGAGGUAUUUUCAUCACCCAUACAUCCCAUACCCACUGUCAAUCAGGUCUAUCAAAAUGAGGAAAAUUCGGUGGGCGCCUCGAUUGCAUGUGGCAUCAUUAGUAUUAUGAGUUCACCCAUACCAACUGUAAAUAAAAAAUAAGAAGAAGGAAACGCAAAUAUUUUAUAAAUAUGUAAUAAAUAAUAAAUAUAUGAUUUUUUAUAAAACAAAUAAUUUAAAUCUGUAAAGAAGAUCUAUUAAAAGACCUUUUGCAGGGAUAGAUUAUCUAUAAAAUAGAAGAAUGCUCACCUUCUUCUUACCUCUUAAUAAAAAAAUUAUUCAAUUCUGUAAAGAAUAUCUAUUAAGAGACCGUUUGUAGGAAUAGUUUAUCUAUAAAAUAGAUCCUGUAGAGCGUUAUUCUUUUUUUUAAAUAGGUCUACCUUUAAAAUAUAUGCAUCCCUUUUCAAUAACCCUAUUGUUAUGAUUUCCCUCAAGAAGAAUGUCAUGUUAAAAGAAAUUAUUAAAAAAAUGCCGUUAGUUUAAAGAACACCCCUCCACCAGACUAUUUCAAAAUAAAACCUCGCUUAAGCAAAAAGUUCAAUUAAAACCGUCCCACCUACCUGCCAUGAAAGAUCUGCAAAAAUCCCUUAAAAUUUGUGGCUAUCAGGGACCAUGUGAAAGUGAACAAAUACUUCGAUGGGCCAUACGUACCGGAGCCUGUUCGGAAUUCUAUAAAGGCUUACUGACAUGGUUGAAAGACAAACUGCAAACAAUCAAUUGUACAAUGCAAGUUCGAAAAAAUAUUAUGAAACUACUCGACGCCCUGCGCAUUUCCAUACUCAUGAUACCACAUCAUGGUUCCGAAGUUGCCGCAAAUCCCAAAGAAUUUCGUUUACAAAGUAUUAAAACGUUAUUACAUCAAUUGCACCUGGCUCGAAUGAUGGCCGAAGAAAGAUCCCAGCAACAGCAGCAACAUCAAGAAAGUCCCGAGAAGGAGCAAAGACUGAAUGCUGUACAGAAGGAUGAUCGUGGCGUUUCGUUGCAUGUAACCGUGAAUACAAAGAACAGUGUAUCGCAGACAGGAUUUUGGAAUGAACGACUGGUUCGUUAUAAACCAAGCUAUUUGGAAAUGUUCCAAUAAGUUGUAUACUAUUUUAUUAAAUUAUCUUGAUGUUACGAAUAUGAGUUCCAUUUUAGAAAUAUGAAUUAUGAAGAAUAAAGAGUUAUGACCGCUGCGAACAAAAUUAUUGGUCUGUUCCGGAACUGCAAGAAUGUAAAAAAUUCACUACGAUAACCGAUUUUCCCACUAUAAUAUCGAAGAAAGUUGCAAAACUCGAAGAUUCUUGCAGUUUUUGGAACAGGCCAAAUAUUUUAUUUGUUAAUAUGUCCUAACCUCAAAAAGUUCAA